UUAUAUGAGCCAAUACAAAAGAUAUAAAAAUCUCAGCUUCAUUCAAUACUUUACAGCUAUUAUUACAACCUCUUCUCUCAUCUCUCCGGAGAGAAACUUAUAGUGGCAACCACCGCCCAGAUGCAGAAUAUGGGAACGGACGAUCCAAGAGUUACGUUUCAGGAUCAUUAUCACAACCAUUCUGAUACUGAAGUUGUGGGCAAUGAAAAGAUACCAUACAGCGGUCCACUCAGCGGACCUCUAAACAAAAGAGCCGCAAGAAAAACCGCCAGGUUCAACAGUUCUGACUCACCUUCAUCACACGAUGAGUCUUACGUUGAGAUCACUCUCGAUGUACAUGAUGAUGCCGUCGCUGUUCACAGUGUUAAAGCUGCUAAUGGUGCUGACAUUGAUGAAGAUCCUGAGCUAACGUUACUUGCUAAAGGUUUGGAGAAAAGGUCGUCUUCCUUUGGUUCUUCAAUGGUGAGAAAUGCUUCUUCCAGAAUUAGACAGGUGUCUCAUGAGCUUAAGCGUUUGACUUCUUUUUCAAAGAAGCCUCCUCCUCGCUUUGAUAGGACGAAGUCUGCGGCAACUCAUGCUCUCAGAGGACUUAAAUUUAUUAGCAAAACUGAUGGUGGAGCUAGUUGGGCUGCUGUUGAGAAGCGAUUUGAUGAGAUUACUGCUUCUACUGACGGGGUUCUGCCUCGUGCACGAUUUGGAGAAUGCAUUGGAAUGAAGGACUCAAAGGAGUUCGCCGGGGAGUUAUUUGAUUCGCUUAUUCGAAGAUACAAUAUUACGGGUGAUUCGAUCACCAAGGGACAGCUAAGAGAGUUUUGGGAUCAGAUCUGUGACCAGAGUUUCGACUCCAGGCUUAAAACUUUCUUUGACAUGGUUGAUACAGAUGCUGAUGGAAGAAUCACAGAAGAGGAAGUCAGAGAGAUCAUCAGCCUCAGUGCUUCUGCAAAUAAACUCUCGAAUAUCCAAAAGCAAGCAGAGGAAUAUGCAGCUUUGAUCAUGGAAGAACUAGAUCCUGACCAUCUAGGAUACAUUAUGAUCGAUAGUCUAGAAAUACUUCUGUUGCAAGCUCCAAAUCAGACUGUUAAAACUGGAGGAGAGAGUCGAAACCUUAGCCAAAUGUUGAGCCAGAAGCUAAAGCCUACACAAUUUGACAACCCAAUAAGGAGAUGGGGGCAUAGCACCAAGUACUUCUUGCUAGAUAAUUGGCAAAGAGUUUGGGUAGUGGCACUGUGGAUUGGAGUCAUGGCAGGUCUAUUUGCAUACAAGUAUAUUCAGUAUCGAAAUAGAGCUGCAUAUGAAGUAAUGGGACAUUGUGUAUGCAUGGCCAAGGGUGCAGCGGAGACUCUAAAGUUAAACAUGGCUCUAAUUUUGCUACCAGUUUGCCGAAACACCAUCACAUGGCUCAGGAACAAGACCAAAUUAGGAGUCGUUGUUCCAUUUGAUGACAACCUCAAUUUCCAUAAGGUGAUAGCAUUGGGGAUUGGUUGUGGAGUUGCUAUACAUGCAAUUUAUCAUUUAGCAUGUGAUUUCCCUCGUCUGCUUCAUGCAAGUGAAGAUAAGUAUGAGCUAUUGGAGCAAUAUUUUGGGGAUCAGCCUGAAAGCUACUGGCAUUUUGUGAAGUCAGUGGAAGGAAUAACUGGGAUUGUGAUGGUAGUGUUAAUGGCAAUAGCCUUUACACUUGCUGCCCCAUGGUUUCGGCGCAAUAAGCUCAAAUUGCCCGAGCCCCUCAAGAAGCUUACAGGCUUCAAUGCCUUUUGGUAUUCCCAUCAUUUGUUUGUCAUCGUCUACACUUUGCUCAUUGUUCAUGGAUAUUAUCUGUAUUUGACUCAUAAAUGGUACAAGAAGACGACCUGGAUGUACCUGGCCAUUCCGAUCAUCCUUUAUGCCAGUGAGAGAUUAAUUAGGGCACUCAGGUCUAGCAUUAAGCCUGUUACAAUAGAAAAGGUGGCCAUUUAUCCUGGAAAUGUGCUGGCACUUCACAUGUCAAAGCCUCAUGGAUUCAGAUACAAGAGUGGCCAGUACAUGUUUGUCAAUUGUGCUGCUGUGUCGCCGUUUGAAUGGCACCCAUUUUCCAUAACUUCAGCCCCUGGAGAUGACUACUUGAGUGUCCACAUUCGAACUCUUGGGGACUGGACAAGACAACUCAGAACAGUAUUCUCUGAGGUGUGCCGGCCACCUCCUAAUGGAAAAAGUGGACUCCUUAGAGCAGAUUGCAUGCAAGGAAGUAACAAUCCCAAUUUCCCAAGAGUUUUGAUCGACGGUCCAUAUGGAGCACCAGCACAAGACUACAAGAAAUAUGAGGUGGUUUUACUGGUGGGUUUGGGAAUUGGAGCAACCCCAAUGAUAAGUAUUGUGAAGGACAUAGUGAGCAACAUCCGAGCCAUGGAAGAGGAAGAGAUUGGUUUAGAAAAUGGAAAUAUGAGAAAUCCUAGUCCUUUACAACAAAGAAGAAGAGAACAGUUCAAGACACGGAGAGCAUACUUUUAUUGGGUGACAAGAGAGCAAGGAUCGUUUGAUUGGUUCAAAGGUGUGAUGAAUGAAGUGGCUGAAUUGGACCAUAAUAAUGUGAUUGAACUUCAUAAUUAUUGUACUAGUGUUUAUGAAGAAGGUGAUGCUCGCUCUGCUCUCAUUUGUAUGCUUCAAUCACUAAAUCACGCUAAGAACGGUGUUGACAUUGUCUCCGGUACAAAGGUUAAGUCCCAUUUUGCCAAGCCUAAUUGGCGGAAUGUCUACAAGCGUGUUGCUCUUAAUCAUCCCGAUUCCAGAGUUGGAGUGUUUUACUGCGGGGCACCAGCACUAACACAAGAGCUACGCCAGCUGGCUUUGGAUUUCUCUCACAAGACCACUACCAAAUUUGACUUCCAUAAAGAAAAUUUUUAACUUCAGAUGGAAGUGAACGAACCAAGUUCAAGUGCCCACCAGACAGACAAAUUAUCCUCAUUUCCUCCAUUAUCUAUCCCACUCUCUCUCACGUACAGAGAUUCUGGCAUGGCCUCUACCCUAUGUUCAUAUAUUAUACAAUCAUAUUAAUGUAUACGGUUACCAUGAAUUUAUAAUUGAUUUUGCUUUGCAAAUUACUAAUAUAUAAAUAGAAAGAAUGCAGACAAAAGAUGGUGGGUAGUUGAGUUGGGCACAACCCACCACAAGACUCGGCAUUUAGAUAAAGAAGUGGGCGUGUCUAAUGUCAUGCUGACUCAUUUUUAGUGCAACUAGUUCUGACUUCGGAUCCAAUCUGAUAGGCAAAAUGUACAAUGACAAUCGCCACCAACUCAAUCUUAAACACCCAAGUGUACACUUUUUUUCCCUUUCAUUUUGGUAGAUGAAAUGUAUUUUUCCGUUUAAUUAAUUAAUAUUAACCCGUAAAUUGCGGAAUUGUUAGC